GAGCUUCGAAGAAAGCAGCAGAUCAGGCAGUUCGUGGGACUUUUUCCUGGUGGACGGCAACAACCACGCGGCAGCCAACGAGAGGUCGGCAGCGGGCGGGAAAUAUGCGGAGCGCAGCCAGUCAGGGGAGAAGGACCUGGGCAGCCCGCACGUCUACGUGGCAGCGGAGUGCCUGGACACCUUGGGCCGAGCCGACAUUCUACCGACACACCUGAAGGAGGACAUGGGCAAGCUCAGCAUGAUCAUGGACGUGAUCCCGUUCAACGAGUUCGCCGACCUCGUGAGGCUCAAGAGGAUGAAGAAAGUACACAUCACGAUAAACCCGCUCGGCCUCAGCCCGUUCGACAGCCACACGGAGGACGAGAUCAACAAGAUCAGGGCGGGCAACACCGAGAGCACGACCAAGCUGGAACCGCUCAGCAUCCCCCAGAUCAAGGCCACGAUACACGGGGCGAUGCAGGCAACAGGGGGCGUGGCUACCAUAGGAGCUCCGCCAACGGCCGCGCUCGAGCGGCAGGUGCAGAAACACGUGCGCCAGAGGCAGAGCACGGAGUAG